AUUGCUUCAGACUUGGACCCGAUAGUCAAAUCAAUAAACGUUACCAAUCGGUAUUUCUGGCCACCAGAGAUAUACGAAGGUUACGCUGAUAAAUGUGAAGAAAUUAUAAACUGUCUAGAAGCGGUGGGUUCUUCACACUUGAAAAGUUUGACGACCAAAAUUCGCCCUUGCCUGUUUUAUAUUUUCUACAAUCGCGAAUUUUCAACAUGUGCUGAAAAGCUGAUAGCCAAGAAAGACGACAAUAUUCCAUGUCUCAACACACUUUUCAAUGAUAUUCACGAGCCGGAAGUAGAUGUAUGCGAUCAAUGGGACAACCUUCAACCAUGUAUCAAGGAAAAUAUCAAAAAAUUGUGUGAUGACAAAUCGGGAAAAAUCCAGGAAGAAUAUGUGAAGCAGGCCACAAAUUUAAGACCAGAAUUUUGUAACGAUUAUCAGAGAAUGAUAAUCGCAAUUUUCAUGCUGUGUUUAUUUUUUAUCUGCUUUUUUGUUGUGCUAGUACCUCGAUUCACGCGCCGAAAAAUGUUUCAGGUUUGUGCUGAAAAAUGA